UCGCGGUCUCGGGCUCAGUUGCACACCGUCGCUCCUCCAACGAGUACCGCGCACUUGGUCUCCACUUGAAUCUGACAUUUCCUCCAUCGAAUCUCGAAUCUACCUCCAUGAAUCUGUCAUGAUUCCACCAAUUCCAAUAAUCCCCCAUUGAUAAAUCAAAAUUCCAAUCUGAGAUGAUAGUCUCCCCCUCGUGACAGCAUCAUCAUCGACUUUUAUAAAAUAAAUUUUAUUUACUACCUCGAGGAUGAUGAACGGUACCAGCACAGUUGUUGAUGAGACGAGUAAAGUACCUGUUAAAAAACUUGCACCUUUGAGACCCUGGAGUGAAAAUGUCGUCGAGAGUGAUCUAGACGUGCCAGGAACACCUAGGACCCCCAGGACAUCGACCACUCCAGGACACGAAAAGUGCACAUUUCAUCAUGACUUGGAGUUGGAUCAUCGACCCCCAACGAGGGAAGCACUCCUCCCAGAGAUGUCCAGGAGUUACAGAUUGCUCCUGGGAUCUCUCGGAGAAGAUCCUGAUCGAGAAGGACUCCUCAAAACUCCAGAACGUGCAGCUAAAGCUAUGCUCUUCUUCACGAAGGGAUACGACCAGAACAUCGACGAUGUUAUAAAUGAUGCAGUAUUCGAUGAGGAUCACGAUGAGAUGGUAGUUGUCAAAGAUAUCGAGAUGUUCUCCAUGUGUGAACACCAUUUAGUCCCAUUCUACGGUAAAGUCUCCAUCGGGUAUUUGCCCUGCAAAAAAAUCCUCGGGCUCAGCAAACUUGCGAGGAUCGUGGAGAUUUUCAGCAGACGUCUUCAAGUCCAAGAGCGAUUGACUAAACAAAUUGCAAUAGCUGUUACUAAAGCAGUUCAACCAGCGGGGGUUGCAGUUGUAGUUGAAGGAGUGCACAUGUGCAUGGUAAUGCGAGGAGUUCAGAAGAUAAACAGCAAGACUGUGACCUCGACGAUGCUGGGAGUCUUCCGGGACGAUCCAAAAACCCGAGAGGAAUUUCUCAAUCUCGUUCACACUAAAUAGAAAAUCAAUUUUUCCUAUUUUGACAAUCAUACGCUGGAGUAUUGACGACGAGACGAUCUCCCUUGGAAAAAAAUCAUGGAAAAACAAUAAAUAAAAUCCAAAUGACAACGAAAACGAGAGAAACCUGAAAACGAGAUUGAAACUGCGAAUGUUGUGAUGAGUGACAAUAAUCUAGUUAUUUGAUGCUUAAAUCAUCCCCAGGGGAAUUCUCAAGUUUCUCUUGUUGGCGGGAGAAUAUCCGACUGGAUGCAACUGACGUUCUUCCAUUUUUCAUAAUUUGAUAAUAAUUAGGGAAGUUGAUGCUCGUGGGGUUCAACAGCCAUGAAUCCCACGAGAUGUGAUAAAAUAACACUGCAAAAUGGAAAACUGUGAAAGUAUGCCCCUGUCGUUUCUUAAAUUUAUCAUUUUUAAUGCACGCAAACUGCCGGAUUAUUUUAUUUACGAGGAUUUUCGGAGGAUUCAGAAGCAUUUUUUUUUUCCAUAAAAUUCAAGGCGAUACAGCCAGUCGCCUAUCAUCUGUUCGCUGUUUUAUUGGAAGAAUGAAAAAUCCGCAUUUUUUUUUUAUAAAUAUUCAACCUCUUAGAUUUAUUCCACAUAUCGAAUCAUCCAUUAAGUAUUGCAUUGAAUUUAUUAUCAUUAGAUUUAUUUUGGUAAAGGUGAAAAUGCCCGUAGCCUAGAAUUUCACGAUUAUUUCAAGUGUAUUUAUUAAUUGCACGUGCUUGAAUUAUUUUCAAUCGAUUGGACAACGAUGGGAGCAAUAGCGUUAUAUCCGGAUAUUUUCGGUAUUAAAUAUAAAAAAAAAGUUGAAUUGUUGUUAGAGGAUGACAACUACUUUUUGAAUGUUUAAUUGUUCAAAUUUGUGUCCUGAUAUUCAACAAGAUUAUACUUAUAUUUUAAAUAAGAA